GUGGAACAAUCAUCCUCCAAUCGAUCACCGAUAUUGAUCUAGCUCGUAAUUCUUGAAUCGAAGUCAUGAUAAGUAAACUUCGCUCACGACCCUGCUCACGGUGGUAUAUCUAGUUUUUGGCUAGACAAAUCUACCAACAUGUCGACGUCCAUCGGGCCGGGCGUGAUCGAGGACGAGCAGGCGGCGCUGCUGUUCGGAGGGGGCUCCACCUCCGUUGGCGGUUCUCGGGGAUUCCGGCCGCCGAAAUGGGGCCGGCGGACUUCGCUCUGCGGGGUGUUCGUCGCGGUCGUUCUCGCCUUCCUAUCCGGGGUACUCGUCACGAAACACUUCUUGACCGCAUCCACAUCUGAGGAUCACGACAAGCCGAGCUUUUGCGCGAGUUCUACUGCUCCGUCAUCUUCCCCUGCAGAUGCUGCUGCAAUUUCGUCCAAGCAUUCCACGUCUGGCACAACUGCCGAAACUUCUCAAAAAGAAGCCGUGAAGAUCGGUCCGGUGGAGGAGGUCGCAGUCGGUGAAAAACAAACGACCCGGCUGGUGGAGAGCGCGGAAAAGGUAAAAGUCCCCGCCCGGAAACCGCUGAUCGUGAAAACGCUGAGCAAAGCCAACGCGCAGAAGAAGAAAAUGGAAGACACACGGAAAAAGCUGCUUGCCGCGGCGCCGGGCUCGUCCUUUUUGCAGGACAACUUCCUGUAUGCAUUGCAAAAGUAUCGUACCCGUAUAAAUGCAUAUACAAAUUUUCUCAGCAUGGAAAAUGUAAUUUGUAAAAGCGGAUUUGUAGCGCUAAUGCAUGCCUCCAAUUACUUUUACUAGUACUACGAGUGCGAUACUUUUGCACAGGAUAUCCUGGAACCCGGCGGCUUUGACCCCGAUGCGGUGUUUAUCCUAUGUAAAAACGUUCCCACCACAUAGCCAAGAACAAGAUGGGGAACCGGCUAGAUAAAUCCACAAGGUUUGGCUGUUUUGCAUGACAAACUUGGACUCGUAGUGUAGUACUGUUUUAAAUAGCUGAGCAGCAUCACGCAUCUAGUAUACCGCUCCGAUUGGAGCAUGACAAAUUCCAAAACACGACUAGAAAAUGCUUCUCAUGAGGCUCCGCAUGGGAAACAUGCUCAGCAUGCAGAUUUGCGUAUUAUACAGCUAUGGUGUGCGAACGUUUUUAAAUACGAUAGCGUUCGGCUCCCUGGUGGCCAAGUACCUGGACGGCCCCGCGGUGGAGCAGACGAGGAGCAAUCUGCCGCAGGCGCAUAUGGAAGCGUCAGGUUUGAAAUCGCCCAAGUUGAAAUUAGUUUGUAAUGCAUAAAAUGCAAGGCAUGAACAUGAAGUGCCUGUCUUGCCGGGAUGGCAAGUGAGGCAGAUUGUGAGCCGGAGCAGGGUUUGGGAUAGAACUGCUAAAGGAGCAUGACAAAAGCAGUCUUCUGUGCCCAAACAGCAUGACAAAUUGGAUUCCGGUGCUUCGAAAAUUUGUCAUGCGCCGCUUGGUUAUUGGGCUUCCAACUGGUAUCCAUUCUAUGCAUGACAAAUCGUUUCAACUUUGUUGAUUUUAAACCUGACGCUUCCAUAGCGCACGCGGACGUGGUGAAGUUUUUGCAAAAUACCUUAUCCUGUGCAAAAGUAUCGUAUUCGUACUAAUCGCAGUCAUGCAUUACAAAUUCUGUUCUCAAUGUAAAUCCGCAUUACAAAUUUUAUUUCUCAUGCUGAGGGAAUUUGUCAUGCAUUUAUACGAGUGCGAUACUUUUGCAUUCCAUAUACCUUUUCGGGGAACGCCCUCGGGCGGGCCAUCCUCGAGCUAUGCAUUGCAAAAAUGUCUGGGUCUGGAAGAUUGCAACUUGUCAAGCUGUCUUUGAAUUUCAAAACAAUCUGUAUUGCGUGACCAGCAACAGAACUCCCGUUUGUGUUACGCGCCGGAGAGGGCAUUUCUCAUGCGGAAUAGGCAUCAGGAAGCCCUCUAAAAAUCUGUGAUGCUAGACCAUACAUUGCAUGCGUCAUGGAUCAUACAAAAUAUGCAUCACAAAUCCCAGAAUCGUCCAGACCCAGACAUUUUUACAGUUGAUACGAGCAAAUGCAUGACAAGUUUGAAGCUGGGUCGACCGAAACCGAUGUUGCCGCACUUCCGUGUGCGUACGGCCAGUCGCUCGAAGUGUAUUCCACCAACUUCGGAGUGCGCAAAGACGUGGAAGUGCAUUGCGACAUCGCCGAAUUUCACUUUACCAGUGACGCGGCAAAAGUGUAUUUCGGGACCCAGCUCAGGAAGGAAGUCGCAGCCAUGGACACGGAUCACGAUGGGUUUCUGUCCGCGGCAGAAAUCAAUGAUGAACAGUGCGAACUGCUGCAAGCCGACCAUCUAUAUGGCGACGAUGACGGGAAACUUACGGUCGAGGAAAUGGAGAGGGCCUGUCGCGACAUUUGUAUGCCGGACUCGCCUGUUUGGAAAGGCGAAGAGGAGGAGUUCGUUCGGCAUGUCUGCCACUGCUGCCCGCCCCACAUCCAAGACACUUUUUUUCCGUACUUCGACGCCUGGCUGAGCACGACCACAACUUCUACAACCACCGCUGCGCCAGUCGUGCUAUCCGACGAAGACGAGCUUGCCGCCAUGGACACGGAUCACGAUGGGUUUCUGUCCGCGGAAGAAAUCCAUGACGAUCAGUGCGACCUCCUAAAAGCCGAUGGCGACGACGAUGGGAGGAUUACACUCAAGGAGAUGUCUGAAGCCUGUCACAAAAUUUGUGUGCCGGGCUCGGAGGCUUCGCAGAUGGAACCCGAGCUCGUGAUCCUGCACAUCUGCCACUGUUGCCCGCCGAGCAUGCAAGAAGAGUUUUUUGCUGACUAUUACGCUAAGCGGAACAACAAGAAAGAGGAUACCACCGACGACGACGAUGAACUCGCAGCCAUGGACACGGAUCACGAUGGGUUUCUGUCCGCAGACGAAAUCCAUGACGAGCAGUGCGACCUGCUGAAAGCCGACCACCAGUAUGGCAACGAUGAUGGGAGAAUUACUCUCCAGGAAAUACACGACGCCUGUCACGACAUCUGUGUCCCGGACUCGUCUAUUUCGAAAACCGAGGAUCCGCAGAUCGUUCGGGCUAUCUGCCACUGCUGCUCGCCGCACACAAAGGAAGCGUUUUUUCCGUACUUCGACGCCUGGCUGAGCACGACCACAACUUCUACAACCACCGCUGCGCCAGUUGUGCUAUCAGACGAAGACGAGCUUGCCGCCAUGGACACGGAUCACGAUGGGUUUCUGUCCGCGGAAGAAAUCCAUGACGAUCAGUGCGACCUCCUAAAAGCCGAUGGCGACGACGAUGGGAGGAUUACACUCAAGGAGAUGUCUGAAGCCUGUCACAAAAUUUGUGUGCCGGGCUCGGAGGCUUCGCAGAUGGAACCCGAGCUCGUGAUCCUGCACAUCUGCCACUGUUGCCCGCCGAGCAUGCAAGAAGAGUUUUUUGCUGACUAUUACGCUAAGCGGAACAACAAGAAAGAGGAUACCACCGACGACGACGAUGAACUCGCAGCCAUGGACACGGAUCACGAUGGGUUUCUGUCCGCAGACGAAAUCCAUGACGAGCAGUGCGACCUGCUGAAAGCCGACCACCAGUAUGGCAACGAUGAUGGGAGAAUUACUCUCCAGGAAAUACACGACGCCUGUCACGACAUCUGUGUCCCGGACUCGUCUAUUUCGAAAACCGAGGAUCCGCAGAUCGUUCGGGCUAUCUGCCACUGCUGCUCGCCGCACACAAAGGAAGCGUUUUUUCCGUACUUCGACGCCUGGCUGAGCACGACCACAACUUCUACAACCACCGCUGCGCCAGUUGUGCUAUCAGACGAAGACGAGCUUGCCGCCAUGGACACGGAUCACGAUGGGUUUCUGUCCGCGGAAGAAAUCCAUGACGAUCAGUGCGACCUCCUAAAAGCCGAUGGCGACGACGAUGGGAGGAUUACACUCAAGGAGAUGUCUGAAGCCUGUCACAAAAUUUGUGUGCCGGGCUCGGAGGCUUCGCAGAUGGAACCCGAGCUCGUGAUCCUGCACAUCUGCCACUGUUGCCCGCCGAGCAUGCAAGAAGAGUUUUUUGCUGACUAUUACGCUAAGCGGAACAACAAGAAAGAGGAUACCACCGACGACGACGAUGAACUCGCAGCCAUGGACACGGAUCACGAUGGGUUUCUGUCCGCAGACGAAAUCCAUGACGAGCAGUGCGACCUGCUGAAAGCCGACCACCAGUAUGGCAACGAUGAUGGGAGAAUUACUCUCCAGGAAAUACACGACGCCUGUCACGACAUCUGUGUCCCGGACUCGUCUAUUUCGAAAACCGAGGAUCCGCAGAUCGUUCGGGCUAUCUGCCACUGCUGCUCGCCGCACACAAAGGAAGCGUUUUUUCCGUACUUCGACGCCUGGCUGAGCACGACCACAACUUCUACAACCACCGCUGUGCCAGUCGUGCUAUCAGACGAAGACGAGCCUGCAGCACCAUCAAGCUUUCUGAACAAACAGCACGGGGGCUUUCCGAAACACACUGUCAGAGCGCCAGGUGUGCAAUCAGACAACCACGAAGAUCUUGUAGCCAUUAUGGACACGAACCAUGAUGGCUUUCUGUCCGCAGAAGAAAUAAAUGACGACCAGUGCAACGUGCUAAAACUCGAUCAACAGUCUGGCGACGGUGAGAGGAAAAUUUCACUCAAGAAGUUGGAUUACGCCUGUAGCGAUUACUGUACCCCGGGUGCGGCUGGUGUGGAGGAUCUUGACGAGGACGUGCUCUUGGAAAUCUGCCACUGCUGCCCGCCGGAAAUGCAAGAAGCAUUUUUCCCUUGGUACUAUGCGAACCGUGAGUACUUGAAGGCGCAGGAGGACCUCGAUUUUGCGAAAAUGGAUGCUGACGAUGACGGGCGGCUCAUCGCAGACGAGAUCCAUGACGGAAUGUGCGACGCGGGAAAAGUCGACCACGAAUGGGGCGACGGCGAUGGGCAACUUACGGUGAAGGAAGUGCACACUAUGUGCGAUGCGGUGUGCGUGCCGGAAUCCGCCCUCGAAACGCUUCCCGAGGAGGAACUGAUGGCCCUGUGCCACUGCUGUCCGAAAGGUAUGCAGGGGCGUUUUUUUGCGCACUAUUACGGAAGAAAAAGCGGCGCUUUUGCGGGGAAUCAGGCCGCAGAGGCCAGAAUGGCGCUGGACUACUUGGUCUAUCGCAACCCGGGAGAUGUUGACCACGAAGAUCUGCAAGUCGCUUCGAGCACCACGACCUCGAACGACAGCGAAGGGGCUGCAGCCCCGUCGGCCUACCAAUUUUGCAGCGUAGUGCACAUGAACGAGGCGCCGGUGCGGGUUUGUGGCCGUUUCGACAAGGAUGCAAACGCAAUCUCCGUGACUAUCGCGCGCUGUGUAUCCUGUGCAAAAACGUCGUCCCCACACCAUAGUCAAGUUGGGAAAUCUGCUAGAGAAAGCAGCCAGCUUUGUUGUUGCGCAUGACAAGUUUGGCCUCGAUUAUAGCUAGCUCAGCAGCGUCACAGGUCUAGCGCAUCGCUCUAAUUGGAGCGUCACAAAUUCCGAAAAACGAGUACGAAAAUUCCUAGCAUCAUGGGGCUCCGCAUGAGAAAUAUUCUCAGCAUGCAGAUCCAUCUGCAUAUACAACUAUGGGGUGGGGACGUUUUUACAUAGCAUACUACGUGGAGAAGGUAGUCGCGUGGGACCUGACCGACUGCCCGCAGCAGAAAGCCACCUGGCAGAACCUGUUUCGGCAGACGUCUGAGAAAACCUACGACAGUUUUUAUGGACUGCAAAAAUGUCUGGGUCUGGAAGAUUCUGACACUUGUCAUGCACGUUUUGCAUGAGCCAUGAUGUCUGUGAUGCAUCCCCUAGCAAUACAGUUUUUUUGAGGGCUUCUUGAUGCGUAUUCCGCAUGACAAAUGCCUUCUCAGCGUAGCAAAAAUUGCCUUCCUUUUGGUACUCAUGCAAUACAAUUUUUUUUGGAAUCCAAAUGCAGCACCAUCACAAGUUGCAUUCUUCCAGACCCAGACAUUUUUACAUUUGAUAGUUUUUACGAUCACGCGUUCGAGCCGCAGUGCAACCUGGUGUCCACGUAUGCAAGAAAGGAACUGUGUAAGUGUAACUCCGUAAAAAUGCAGAACAUGCAACAGUAGAGUUACACCUGUCAUGCCACACGACAAGCAUGAAGUCCUCGUUUCAUGUGUGUUUUAUCCCCUCAUAAGGCACCCAUGACAGGUUAUUUUCUCUGUCAUGUAGAACAAAUUUGUGAUGCUGUCAGGGAAAGAAAGUUACACUAACACAGUUUUUUUAUUGGAUACCACGGACCGAUCCGCCCUGCUGGAGAACGGCAGGCCCGACGUGUAUCCUGAGUAAAAAUGUCCCCACCCCAGAGUUGUCAUGCAGAUUUGCGAUGACAGGAAGACUUGUAAUGCGCAUCUCCAUGAGAGGCAAUACCAGUCGUGUUUUGGAAUUUGUGAUGCUGUGAACAGGAUGAGGAGGUGGAUUUGUUAUGCGGCUUCCCUUGCUAAACUGCACUACAAUACAGCCUGCAACUUGUCAUGCGUGACUCACAAAACUCCUAGGUUUGUGGUGCUAAGUCCCCAACUUGACUCUAGUGUGGGGACGUUUUUACUCAGGAUAACGUGCAGAAGAGCUUCAACCUGGUCCUGGUGCCGUUCGGCUGGAAGAGCCGCGCGCUGUGGAAGCAGCACACGGAGAGGCUGGUCGAGCAGCUGGAGCACGACUACCCGCCGCUGAACGCGCGCGAGAUGGGCGGCCGGUUGAAUUGGCACCGGAUCGACGCCUGGCCGAGGUUUGUGGGUUCGGGGGUCUCCGACUACGAAUGCAACGACGUCUAUCCAGGAAAAAACACCCAUCCCCAUCCAAUUUGUCAUGCAAAACAUGCAUAAAAUACACUAUUUGUCAUGCAAAAAAUGGAUGGGGAUGGGUGUUUUUUCCUGGAUAACGUCACGGGAUGGGACUUCGUCAACUGCUUCUUCGACGCGGACCGCGACUGGUACCGGAUCGCACGCUUCGCGAACGACCAGUGCAAUCGCGAGUACCAGGCCCAGGGUGGAUUGGCGCACAUGACGGUGCUCGUCCAGGCACGCAUGGAUCACCGUUCCGAGAGCGACAACGCGUACGGAUUCGCCAUGAUGUCCUGGAACACCCUAUCCUAAGGAAAAACGUCCCCGCCCCAGAGUCAAGAUGGGGACUUUGCAACACAAACCUCGAAGUUUUGGGAGUCAUGCAUUACAAAUUGCAGGCUCUAGUGUAGUAGUUCAGUUUAGCAAGGGAAGUCGCAUUACAAAUCCAUCUGCUUAAUAUCCUGUUUACAGCAUUACAAGUUCCAAAACAUGAUCGGAAAUCCCUAUCAUGUGGAUGCGCAUUACAAAUGCUUUUGUGCUUGCAGAUCUGCAUGGCAACUCUGGGGCGGGGAUGUUUUCACACAGGAUACACCCUGCUGACCCCGGCGGUUCCGGGGUGGAGCUACAAGACCGCGGCCUUAUCAAAUGUGAAAAUGUCUGGGUCUGGAACGAUGUAACUUGUGAUGCGCAUUUCAGAACACACAAAAAUCUCUGAUGCAUAGGCAGCAAAAGCUGCUCACUUUCUGUCACCAAAGUGGGGGACUUGCCAUGCGGAUUCGGCAUUGCGGACGCUUCUCGAAACCUGUGAUGCAGCUUCCACGCCAGACCUUCUGUGUCAUGCAGAAACAGCAUGACUCUUCCAGACCCAGACAUUUUUACAUUUGAUAGGCCUCCACGGUCGCCCACGAGCUGGGCCACGCCCUAUUCGGCCUGGAAGACGAGUACCAUUGGACGACAACCAGCACUUUCUUCCCGAAUUGCGGCAACGAAAAGUCGCAGUGCAACCGCUGGCUCGACCUGAUCGACGCGGGGCUUUCCGGCUGCUACAAAGGCAGCUGCCAGGAGGAGCAAGGCUACAUCGACGGGCCGGAGGUGGACAGCGUCAUGGCCUGGUACGGCCGCCAAAUGUCGCACAGCCAGAAGCGGAUCUCCUGUUGCAAGUACUUCAAAGUGCACAAGUUCACGCCUGCCUACUGCGACGUGUACAACCGGACGUAUCGCAACAGGACCCUGCAGCGCCCCGUGAACGUCACGGUUCAGCAGGACGGCUGGGUGGUGGACGAAAGUAAGCACAAUCUGGCCGGCUACUACAAGGGCCCGGUGCCCUUGCCGCUGCAGCAGAAGCUGAUGGAAACCAGACUGGCGCCGAGGGUGGUAUGGCGUUCUCAAAUGUUACAUUCUCAACUGUUACAUGAUUUGUCAUGCAAAAUUUAAAUUGCAAGCAGAAUCGAUGUGAUUAAGCUGCUGCGCUGCAUGAUAAAUUCUAGAGGAGCCAAACAGGCUGAGAAUCUCUCUGUGCCAAAUCUGUGAUGCGAGACGUGCAAGGUCAUCCCUUUUACUUUUGUCAUUCGCGCAUCACAGAUUCAUGUAACAAUUGAGAAUGUAACAGUUGAGAGCGCCAUACAUGGACUGGGCCACGGUUUCCGCCGACGGCGUGGUUCAGCUGGACAUCACCUUGAAUCCCAAGUCCGAGUUUUAUCCGGGCCAGGAUGUGGUGCUCGACCUGGCCGGCUUCUGCGACGACCCGGGGCACUGGCGCAACCAGGAGCUGGACGUGAAAGCCAGUCAUCCGCUCUUGGGAAAAGUCGAGUACCCGGACGUGAAAAACUAAAACUCGGUUGAUGCAGCAGUCUCACCGGUGAUUUCUAGUGCUUAAGUCGAAGAACAAUUGCAGUAGCUUGAAUUAUAGCAACCAAUACAAUUUGAAUUUCAAUACCAUGAUUAUGCUCUCUCUCGAGUUUUCAAAAAAGCGAAACGAAAGUAAGUAUCAUCACGACAAUUUAUCGUUGCGCAUCAACAAAAUGAAUGUACUAGAGAUUCCAAUAGAAGGAGAUGACUCUCUAAGCUUUCCUGUUUAUUAAAUUUGUCUUUAUGUUCGAGCAUAUGGAUUUUGUGCCACUGACUUUCAUCAAUUUAACGUUUCACUCCGAUCGUUUCAGAUUUUUCUCGGGCUGAGACUCAUUCUGCAAGCCGAGAGAACGUAAUUCAGACUUGAUUCACUAGCAAAGUGUAUCCAAACAUCAAAAUGAUAAUUGCAUACUGUAAAGAUAUGGAAUUUAAAAUUGUAACAACCUUGUGCUGUGGAUAUGGUGGGCCGUCAUCAAAAAUCUCUUAUGUUUACUAGCACGAUGAGCACGACCACACAGAGGACAGGAAGUAGCAUCAAACUAAAUGUAUCCCACAACUAUGGUGCAUCUGAAUUUCAACUUUCCUGCAGUUAGGCAUGACAAAUUGAUAUCUACUUACUGCAAAUUAAUAAGAAUUGGAACGAAGCUCCGAAAUAAAGAACAGGCAAGGCUAUUAAUGCCGGGACGGGACAGACAACUGCUAGCUUAAUGUACAAUGCAGAAGUGAAAAAA